CAUUGGCGCGCAACCACUGUUUCCUCUAAGCACAAGCCAUCUUCUUCUCCUUCUCCCAUAUCUCAAAUCAAUCAAAAUGCUUCUCACACUCAUUUCACACCAUCGAAAAUCCACCAAUGGCACACCAAAAGCACAUUUCCUCUACCAAAAUCAUCGUCUUCCUCUGCCUCUCGGUCUUCAUGGGCUUCGCUCUCGUCUUCCGCGCUUCCCUCUCCGCCCGCUACCUCUCAAUCGCCACCAAUUGGGUCACCGACGACAACCACUCGCGACUCCUCCUCCUCAUCCCUAACGCCACCACCACCACCACCAAGGGUAGGGUUCGCGAGAGGGUGCUUUCGGAUACUUUUGCUGAUUUGCCUGCUCCUGAAUGGAAGUGGGAGCAAAUGCCUUCUGCUCCUGUGCCUCGCCUCGAUGGUUAUGCUGUACAGAUUAACAAUCUCUUUUAUGUGUUUCAAGGAUACGGUUCUCUUCAAUAUGUGCACUCUCAUGUUGAUGUCUUCGAUUUCAGCAGCAAUACAUGGGUGGAGAAGUUUAAUACGCCGAAAGACAUGGCUCACUCGCAUUUGGGUGUGGCAACUGAUGGGAGGUACAUUUAUGUGGUCUCAGGACAAUUUGGUCCGCAAUGCAGAGGGCCUAUUAACCGUGCGUAUGUGUUAGACACUGUAACCAAGAAAUGGGACUCUUUGCCUCCAUUGCCAUUCCCCAGGUAUGCUCCUGCUACUCAAUUAUGGAAGGGAAGGCUCCAUGUCAUGGGCGGUAGCAAGGAGAAUCGCCACACACCUGGAUUAGAUCAUUGGAGUCUGGCCGUGAAGGAUGGUAAAGCUUUGGAGAAACAAUGGCGGACUGAAAUUCCCAUUCCACGUGGUGGUCCACAUAGGGCUUGCAUUGCAGUCAAUGAUAGACUAUUUGUGAUUGGUGGACAAGAGGGUGAUUUUAUGGCAAAACCGGGUUCACCUAUAUUCAAGUGUUCACGCAGGUUUGAGGUGGUCUAUAAAGAUGUUUAUAUGCUGGAUGAAGAAAUGAAAUGGAAAGUUUUGCCACCUAUGCCAAAGCCAAACUCCCAUAUAGAGUGUGCAUGGGUAAUUGUCAAUAAUUCAAUCAUUAUUACUGGCGGCACAACAGAAAAACAUCCAGAGACCAAAAGGAUGAUGCUGGUUGGGGAGGUCUUCCAAUUUCAUUUAGACUCUAUGAAAUGGUCAGUGAUUGGAAAGCUUCCUUAUCGCAUUAAAACCACAUUAGCUGGCUUUUGGGAUGGAUGGCUAUACUUCACAUCAGGACAAAGGGACAGGGGACCAGAUAAUCCUCAACCAAAAAAGGUAGUUGGAGAGAUGUGGAGAACGAAAUUAAGUUUGUGAUAGUUCGAGAUAAGAAAGCUGCAUGUGUCUCACUCUUUUUUGAAUUUUUGGGUUAACAUUGGUGCGGGUCCAUACAAAUUAUUUAAUUUUCGUUUUAAUUGCUUCAGUGCGGGCAAUCUUUCUGAAAAAAAUUGCACUAUUUGUACAGAGUUCUGAUGUAAUAGAUUUUGGAACAUGAAGUAAGUUAAAUGUUUUUCUUUUUCCCA